ACGAAGUCGAUGAAAAGACCCAAAAGAAAGUCUUAACGUUAGAAGUACCUUAUCUGGAAUAAUGACCUCUCAGCGGAGCAUAGUGAACCUUUCAAAUUUCUUCAUCUACAAUACAAAUAUAAAAUGUAGAGAAGGAGAGGAACAUAAAAAAAUUAUGUUUUAUCAUCCAUCCAACAUUCCUCUGGAUAUGCAAACAAGGCAUAUAGGACUGUGUAUGGGAGUCAUCAUGUUCACAGAGACAUUUGAUCCAGAUAAACCUUGUCAUUCAAUGCACACACAGAAAACCAGACAAUUAUACCUCCAUCCAGAAGAGGAUUUCUGGGUUAUUAUGACAGUGACCAUACCCUUCACAGAGAAGGUGAAAGAUGGGAAAACAUUCCAUGAAUACCAUGAAGAUGACGUACAAGACAGUGUCUAUCUUGCAGUGCUCAAACAUGCUUAUCACUUCUUCAAGUUGUUCAUGGGUACUUUCAGUGACAUCAUGAAUCAACACGGCCUAGAGGAGCUCAAACAGAGACUAAGUCACUUCUUCUCAAGGUAUCUUUCCAAUUUGCGGUUAUCAACCAGUGACAUUCUUGAGGUUCACAAUGGAAUCCAGUUUCUACCGUUAGAUAAGAACACCUAUCUUCGGAUUCAGUGCUUUAUCAAUCUGGUAGAGGCAUCCUUCACACAGAUCAAGUACACUGCAUUCCUCUACAACAACCAGUUAGUCUGGAGUGGUCUAGAGCAAGAUGAUAUGAGAGUUCUGUAUAAAUACCUCACAACUAGUCACUUCCCAUCUUCCUUAGACACAGAGCUAAAAGAAACUCCAAAGUCUUCCUCUGCAAAUCACUAUGGAAAGUUUGUAAUGGGUCCUCAGAACUUAUCAGAUCCGUCAUCGUCUGAGAACAAGGUUCCUAAACUUCAUAUUACAAAAGACGACCAUACAGAAGAACUAUUCCUUAUAGUUUACCGGGCAAUGAGUGCAACAAUAUGUUUGAUGGUUGAAGGUUCUCAACUUCCUGCUCAUGAAUGGUAUCAGAAUGUAGAUAGUUCACUAGGACCACAACUCAGCAGUCUGGCAUCAGAUAUAGGAGAACAGUAUGCAAAUAGGAGAACAAGUUCGUCAGGACAAGAAUUCAAGUUUGUCUACUUUAAUCAGAUGAACCUGGCUCAGAAGACAACCGUCCAUGAUCGCAAGACGUUAGUAGCUAACAUCAAUCCAGAGACUCUCAGGCUAAUAGCAGACAUCAACGCAGACUUUGAAAAGUCUGAGGAGGGAGGCGAGACAUUGAUGAGGACCAUGUCAGAUUGUUGGGUUGUCGGUAAGAAGUCGGACCAAAGGGAAUUCUAUGUAGUCAUUAACCAGAAGAACUCAAAUCUUAUAGAAAUCAAUGAGGAGGUGAAGAGGCUAUGCAGUAGUCAUUUCUCAAAUAUCUUCUUCUUGGACUGAAUAUUUCUAGAAGAUCAUAUUGACGAGAAACGAUAGCCGGUACUCAGUGGCAGUAUAUAUGUGCAAUGGCAGUUUAAGUCUCAGUGAAUGUGGUGAUAGUAAAAAGGAUUUUUAAAGGGUUGAAUUAAUUUCGUCGAAGGUAGAAGAAGUUUGCUUCUCACAGACUGAGAGGCAUACCGAAUGUCUUCCUAGUGUAUAGACAACAAUACCUGAGCAUUUUGGACAAAAUAAAAGUCAUUAUCUCAAAAGACGACAAAUGAUGGAAGUUAGGUAUACAUAGUGACUGAGAGCAUCCAGUAGUAGACCGCGUAGCUGCAGGUGGGUGUUUUGUAAAGGUGUUCGUAAAGUUAUGCACAACUUUACGAGCAACUGGAACAUGUGCUAUAAUGCAGAGUCAGCUACCUAGUAAUAUAUCAUUUAGCACAAGGAAAGAUCACCAAUUGUGCAUAAAGUCACUCUUAACUUAGGAAGAGCUUUAUGAAACAGCCCCAGAUCCAGUGCAGCGGCAUGCUACACAGAAACCAUGGUUCCAAAAUAAUUCUUAAACAUGUGGUGGUACCCUUCUUUCAAAACCAUAGAUAUGGUGAAUGAAUGACCACUUAGCGUACGAAGCUCUGGGCAUUCUUGUCUGGCCUAAAGGAUUGCAAUUACGAUUGAAUGAGAAGCUGAAUCAGUGAGUUUGAAAUGGAAUCCUAUACAAAGUUACCAACUGCCUGUAAAGGUUGUACACAAAACUUAUCUCUGUGGAUCACUCUGGUGUCAUCCUUCAUGAAAGCAAUUUUGGUGCCAUAAAUUUUCUUAGCAUAUAUGAAUAUUCAUGUUUAUUCUUUUUCCUCUGGUUAUUAAUGCACUAUUAGAUUGCAUAUUUCAGUUUCAUAUUGUCAAAUUUACAUUGAAAUAAGAAGAAACCCCACAGGAUUGGAUGGAAGCUUGACUGCUGAAAUUACAGGUUGUUAGAAA